UCCGAACUGGCACUAUGAAGCAAUCUCCAUCCUCGAUCUCGAGUCCCAAUUCUACCGCCGCACUCAUCUGCGCUAUCAUCCUCCUUAUCCUCCUCCGCCCAGCCACAGCCCUCGUCCGCCUCCAUGGCAGCUCCUUCUCUUUCACUUUCAUAGACGCACCCGCGCGCUUCGCCGUCCCCGUCGAUGGCUUCGGCGCUUGUGGUUCUCUUUACGUCGCCAAUACCCUGGACGCGUGCUCUGCACUGCGCACAAACUUCUCCGCUGAUCGCGUAGGCACAACCACAGGCGUUCGCUUUGUUCUCAUUGAGCGCGGCGGGUGCAGCUUCGACCGCAAGGUUAGGGUUGCGCAAGAUGCUGGCUUCCAGGCUGCAAUCAUCUUCGAUGAUCAGGACAUGGGUUACUUGUAUUCGA